GGCCCUUCAGCUGCUCCGAGUGUGGGAAGGCCUUCAGCAAUUGCUCUGACCUGUUGAGGCACCAGCGGAUCCACACAGGGGAGCGGCCCUUCAGGUGUUCUGCAUGCGGGAAGGGCUUUACCCAGGCCUCCACCCUGUUGGCCCACCGUCAGGUCCACACUGGGGAGAGGCUAUUCCUCUGCACCAAGUGCGGGAAGGGCUUCAGCAAUUCCUUCGCCCUGCUGACCCACCAGCGGGUCCACACAGGGGAGAGGCCAUUCCCCUGCACAGAGUGCAGGAAGGGCUUCAACAGUUCCUCCGACAGGCUGAAGCACCAGCGGGUCCACACGGAGGAGAGGCCCUUCAGCUGCCCAGAGUGCAGGAAGGGCUUUACCCAGGCCUCUGACCUGCUGAGGCACCAGUGGGUCCACACAGGGGAGAGGCCGUUCACCUGCUAUCAGUGCGGAAAGAGCUUUAGCCGCUCCUCCUACCUGCGGAAGCACCAGAGAGUUCACAUGCCAUCGCAGGGGGUUUAAAGCAGUGACGGCUGAGUGCCUUUAUCGACUGGACUAUCAACCCAGUUCCGGGAGCUGCCAAGGCUGAUGGCGGAAUUGGAAUUCGGUAAGAUUCAGAACUCCAGAUUUGUAACAACGAAACAAUUGUCAGGGAGGGGAGGGGGAACUCCCAUCUGAUUCACUCACAACCUUUUA